AGGACAGGACGAGAGUUUCAACAGAAGAGAACAGGGAAAUGAAGUUGUCAGACAGGCCAGCCCAGCUACUCUCUCUUUGCAACUAGGUUAGCAAGUAGUUUGACAGACGGUCACGAGUAGAGAGAUUUAGAUGAAAUAUCACAGCAAUGAAGGUCGUCCGUCGGAGCAACUUGUAGCUACAACUAGUAACGUUACGCGUCGUAAAGCAGAUAACGUUACAGACAGUUCAAAGUGACGUUACAGUGGGAAAAGAAAGUGGAGACAACUUGCUAGCCUGCUAGCUAACCUUUAGCCAACGAGCCUCCUUCAGCUUCAAAACUAGAGUUCACUCGAGAUUUGGGCUUGGAUUACCAGUCUUCAGUCAUGCCGUUUCCGUUUGGGAAGUCUCAGAAGAAUCCAGCUGAAAUAGUAAGGAGUUUGAAAGAGAAUGUGGCAUACAUGGAAAAGCUGGAUGCUGGAGACAGCAAAAAGUGUGAGAAGAUUGCAGAGGAGGUGUCCAAAAAUCUGGCUUCACUGAAGGAGGUACUUAGUGGAACAGGUGACAAGGAGCCUCAGACCGAAGCAGUGGCCCAGCUUGCACAAGAGCUGUACAACACCAACCUCCUCAUUGCUCUCAUUGCAAACCUGCAGAGGAUUGAUUUUGAGGGGAAGAAGGAUGUGGUUCAUUUGUUCAGCAAUAUUGUAAGACGUCAGAUUGGCACCCGAACACCCACGGUAGAAUACAUCUCUACACACCCACAGAUCCUGUUCAUGCUUCUGAAAGGAUAUGAGAGUGCAGAAGUGGCUCUAAACUGUGGCAUGAUGCUGAGAGAGUGCCUGCGUCAUGAGCCUUUGGCACGGAUGGUGCUCUUCUCUGAAGACUUCUUCUGUUUCUUCCGUUACGUUGAGCUCUCAACCUUCGACAUCGCCUCAGACGCUUUCGCCUCAUUCAAGGAUCUCCUCACAAGACACAAGAUCAUGUGUGCAGAUUUUCUGGAGAACAAUUAUGACAGGGUGUUUACAGAAUACGAGAAACUCCUGCAUUCUGACAACUAUGUCACCAAACGGCAGUCUUUAAAGCUCCUUGGGGAACUUCUCCUGGACAGACACAACUUCACUGUCAUGACAAAAUACAUCAGUCGGGCAGAAAACUUGAAGCUGAUGAUGAACAUGCUAAGAGACAACAGCCGAAACAUCCAGUUUGAAGCGUUCCAUGUCUUCAAGGUAUUUGUUGCAAACCCCAACAAGACUCAGCCCGUGCUGGACAUACUGCUGAAGAACCAGGCCAAACUCGUGGAUUUCCUGAGCCACUUCCAGACCGACCGAUCGGAGGACGAGCAGUUCUGUGAUGAGAAGAACUAUCUGGUCAAGCAGAUCCGAGACCUGAAGAGGCCCACGGCACCCGAGGAAGCUUAAGGCGGCAGGGAUGACUGCUCCUUGAGGUGGUAGAUGUAUAAGUGAUGGCUGGAGCUGCAGAGGGCGGAGUGAGAGUCUAAAAGACGGGCUUCAUUAAGAUUUAAUAUUAACAACAAAAUAUAGGAAAAAAAGAUUACUUCUUUCACUUUCUGUUUUUAGUGUGGAUGUGGAGGUGAUUUCCAUCCAGCAACCUGUGUGGGCCAAGAACUGUUAUUUAAACCAUAGUGCUUCUUUAGUGAUAAUGAAAUGCAUUUAGUCCGUUCUUGUAAUGUUGGACCUUAAACUGUUACCCUUCCACAUACAAUGUUGCUGGCAGAGACCUUUAGACAGAAACGUUGUCCCAUUCACAGCCAACAUGAGCUCUGAGGUGUUCUCGAAAGUCUUUCUCCGAAACCUGUUCAGAGAUUGAAAAGCUAAAGUAAAUAUAUUAUUUUUCUAAUGUAUCGUCAUGGUAAACAGCUUAAAACCUACAAAUAACUUUUCUCUCUGAGCAUUGUUUAGUCUAACUAAUUGCAUAGGUUUGGUCUGUUGCCUUAUUGUGAACAGUUGUGUUGUACAGGGACUUAAAUGAUAUUUAGAAAAGCGGCUUUGGCGGAGUGACAUGUGGAUCACAUUGGCCAGGUGGGCACAGUCAAUUUUUGGUGACAAAUGUGUAAUUAUUAGGCCUUUGGUUGCAUAUGUGAGGUUACAGAGGUCAGAGAUGAUCCUGCAGUGCUGUAGUUGCCGAUGCAUUAGCUGGCACAGGAAGAGAAAAUCAAAACCAUAGAGGAAUCAAUUAAUUGUGCUGUGAUUCUGAGACUGCGCUCAGCAAGGCUUACAUGACUGAAAUAGAAACAAGGCAUCAGAUAAUGCUGCAGGGUUUCACUGCUAACAUGGACAGCCAGGAUAUACCAAUUGAUUUCACUGGGUGCAUUCCAGUUCACCCCCACACACUGAGCACAGUUUCAUUUAAAACAGUGAUAUAACUAACAACUUCUUUAUGGGGUUUUAUACUGCUUGAUGUAUGCCAUCUUAGGUAUUUCUCCUUUACAGCAUAAGCACUGCAUAACACAAGAAAUAAUAAAGCAGUUUACGCAAGGGUGUUGUCCAUAAGGAUGCAUUAUCAAGGAUGUUGCAUCUAUUAUAAAUUUAUAUGAGAGCUUGAUGUGGUAUUUAAAAUGAGUUGACAUGGUGAAGAGCUCUGACACAUAUUGAACAUCUGCUACACUCGAUUUGAGAAUUGGGCAAUCUGAACGUAAUGGACAUUUUUAUUUGACUGGAAUAUUUAGAAUAUGAAUGAACUAGAUCACCUUAAUCUCAUGUAAACACUCACAUCCAUACUGUUACUUUAACCGCAAAUUAUACAAAAAGAGAAGAAGGUGAAUGCUAAAACAUACACAUGAUUUUAAAUGUCACUUUUUUUUUUUCUGAUAAAAUAAUACAUUUGAGUGAAACACACAGUAACAAGCCUGUGAUGCAUCAGGAAGCACGUCCUGUCAGACGUCCCCACGUUGUCAGAAUAACCACAUGCACUGUUAAAACAAGAAUGAGUUUGUUUUUGGAUGAUGAGCACUGAAUUUAUUGAGUUCCUCACAUGCAUCACUGAUUAGUUAUAUUUCUUUAAAAGACUUGAAAUAAUUGCCUUACUUUUGCCAUUGUCACUAAAAUGGCAUAAUAGGGAUUUCAAGAAAUAUUUUGUCUUCUAGUAUAGCUAUACCUCAUUGGAUUUGAGUUUGCAAGUGCUGUGUUCUCUUUCCUUUCCUUCCUAGACGAGAUAUUUUGACAGUUUAAAAUACACGUAUGCAUGCCUAAACUUGAGAUAUAUAUAUAUGUGUGUAUAUGUUCAAACUUGAACAGGGACUGCGACCUGGUUUUCACAAUGGAAAACCAGAUUUGUAAACUGAAGUAUUUCAUUGGGUGGUGCCACUCCAACGUUAAUUCAUAAUGAAUUGCAGUGUGGUACCUUGUAAUGAAUGUUGCCUUAUUUAAAGACACUUAAUGAAUUGUAAUGAUUAUGUAAAAUUCCAGACCUCUUAAUUGUUUUUAAACCAAAGUCAAUAUGAAAAGGUGAAAAUGUACAUUUCAAGUCCCAAAUGCAUAAGUAAUUAAUUUCUCAGAUCCACAUGUAGUGUAACGUCACACCAACUACAUUAUGCUCCAGUGUGAUCCUGUGAGUGUAAAUAUAUAUAUUUUUUAAAAGCUCAUCAGACUACAGUAGUUUUUCAGUUGUGGUUAAUUGGCUCUUUUUAAAUCACUAUUAGAUACACCAGAUAGUCACAGGGUCAGCAUCAGGCCGGUAUGGACCCAUAGAAUAAUUUUAGUUAUCUGCUUUGAAUGUGGUACAUUAUGCAUAAAUAGACGGAAGUGCUGCACACAGUGCACUGUCACGUACUCAGUUUAUGAAAGAAGGUUUGUCUCAAAAGGUUUUGAGUUGCUGAAAAAAAUCCAGAUGUGAUCAACUUUUCAACUCAUUUUGUGAAAAUUUAUUGUGAAACACAAUAAAUAUUGCAAACACACUGAUGCAUUGGACAAAAAAAUAUUCAGUAGUUAUUUAUCUCAGUGACCACAAACUAACUUACAGCUUUGUGACAAACCGAAGUUGCACAACAGGCUAUCUUCUGUUAUAAUAUCCAAGGCUAUUGGACUCUUGUGAAAAAAAAUUUAAAAAAAUAAAAUCUGUUUUUAAGAGAAAGAAUUCCAAAUAAAACUCCCGCACGCAGUCAAACUUUCAAAAAAUAAAUAUUAACAACGUUCUGGUACUAGACCUUCAGCAGGCAAAUGGUGUUACACACUGAGAAGACAUCGUUUGUAGGAGGUGACUUGUUUGUCUACACCAAUCACACACUUCCUCAUAAAAUGAUAAGGCAACAAUUACAUAACAAUCACUCACAUCUCCAUUAUUAUAUAUUGGGUUUAAGCUUACAUAAAACUCUCUGUGGUAGCAAUACUAUAUCGUCCCAGAGUAAUCUAUAUACGUGGAUGUAGAUUUCUGUAUAAUAAAUGUAAACCAAAAAUAUAAUAAAAUGCAUUCAUAGACUAAUUUGAUCUCAAAUCUUGCCGAUACCUUUUGACCUUCAUCAAUAGAUGAAUAGAGGAAAUAUAAUAAUAAUUACAACAUGUGACCUCACCAUUAUUGUCUUGAAUUUCUUGUAAGGUCACAUGUUGUAAUUAUUAUUACAUUUCCUCUAUUCAUGUGUUGAUGUUUUGGUUUACAUUCAUUAUACAAAAAAUAUACAUCCACCUAGUAUAGAUCACUCUGGGACAAUACAGUAUUGCUAGCAUUGAGAGUUGUAAGCUUAAGCUCGAUUUAUACUACUGGAAAUGUGAGUGAUUGUUAUGUAAUUGUUAUUUUAUGAGGAAGUGUGUGAUUGGUGUAGACAAACAAGUCACCUCCUACAAAAGAUGGCUUCUCGGUGUGUAACACCAUCUGCCUGCUGAAGGUCUAGUACCAGAACAUUGUUAAUAUAUACUUUUUGAAAGUGUGACAGCAUGCGGGAGUUUUCUUUGCAACUUUUGACCUACUUGUCCCCCUCUGACACGCCUGUCUCUCGUUAUAAAGGUGCAAAGUAAUUAACUGUUCUAAAAGAAAGAAUCCAACAUAUUUUAAAAUCGGGUGUCUAAAUGUGCAUAGAAAUGUUCUUGAAAUUUGAGUCCAGUCAUGACGCACAGUUUGGAAGGACAUGCUGUACACAGUCAUCCCAUCUGAGGGAGCUGUUGGCAACAAUUGGCUCUUUUUAUUAGUUUCUAUAACCCUACCUUUAAUAAUGAAUAUAUAAAUCACUGGCAAUAUUAUGUAGACAUCAACAAAAAGUCCUAAACAUCAAUACUAUAUAUUUCAUGAUUUAGAGUUUUCUGUUUAAAUAUUUGUUGUGCUUCACUUUUUUACUCUCCGGCCUUCUUUUUAUCUUUCCCCUUCUCUUUCCAAACUCUGGAUAUUUCCUUUUAUUUACCAUGGGAGCAAAGUAUGUGUACAUAACUUUAUAAAAGUCUGAAAGCAUUCAUGAAAAUAAAACUUUAUGGCAAUAUA